UACUGCACAUUGUAACUCGUUCAUCACCACAUUCAUCAUACAGACUAUGUGAUUUUUUGCUCUCAGGUGUUGUAGCCACGUACAGUAUGUAAAACUGGCGUGAUAUACGAGCUCGUGAUCUCAUUUUGAUCUCAUAUCCUCUGGUGUUUGGGUGUAGUCCCAGAGACCCGUAAUAGGUGUGGCUUAUAGUGGACGGAGACGCUUUAGCAAAGAACUCAAACCCACCCACAACAGCAAAAAUGUCUUCUGUAUGGGAUGAUUUGGAUCUUCUCCUGGAAUCCCCCUCCUCUCUGACUGUAAAUUCAACAGCACGUGGCACCGUUAAGGAGAAGGCAGGCUUUAAUCCAGGCGAGGAUGCUGCUGCUUUAAGGAAAGCCAUGGAAGGGAUUGGCACUACUGAAAAGACUCUUAUUGACAUUCUCACUCAAAGAAGCAAUGCACAGCGCCAGCUGAUCUGUAAAGCAUAUCACGACGCCACUGGGAGGACUCUUUGUGAUGACUUGGAAGGUGAUACACAUGGAGACUUUGAGGAUAUUUUGGUGGCCCUGGUCACUCCUCCUGCAAAGUUUGACUGCCAAGAGUUCAUACGGGCUAUAAAAGGCGCGGGCACAAACGAACGCAUUUUGAUAGAACUUUUUGCAUCACGCUCCAACCAUCAAAUCAAGGCUAUGUGUGAUGCAUAUUUGGCUGAAACUGGAAGAGCUUUAAUUCACGACCUGAAAUCUGAGGUGUCAGGGGACUUUGAAAAGACCUUGUUGAUCCUCGCUGAGGGCAAGAGGGAUGAAAGUGCCACCGUGGAUAUGGCAAAAGCUAAACAGGAUGCCAAGACAUUGUAUGAGGCAGGAGAGAAAAAGUGGGGAACAGACGAGAGCAAGUUUAUCGACAUCCUCUGCCACAGGAGCGUUCCUCAGCUCAGACAAACUCUGGUUGAGUAUAAGAGUCUGAGCGGAAAGACCCUUCAGGAAAGCAUUGAACGAGAGAUGUCAGGAACACUAGAGGAGAUUCUGGUGGCUAUAGUGAAAUGUGUGAAGAGCGUCCCAGCAUACCUUGCGGAGUGUCUGCAUAAAAGCAUGAAGGGUGCUGGUACCACUGAAUCUACCUUAAUUAGAAUCAUAGUGAGCCGUUCCGAGUUGGACCUGCAGGACAUCAAGGCAGAAUAUAAGAAGCUCUUUGGCACUUCUUUAUACGCUGACAUUGAGUCUGAAACAGGUGGGGAUUUUCGUCAAACCCUGCUGAAGAUCUGUGGUGAAGAUGGAAAAUGAAUGUAACCGCUGCCAAAGAAGAACAUCACCGCUGAAGUGUCCAAAUAUAUGUGAAAGAGCGUCCAAAUAUAACUUAAAUACAAUUAAAAUACUACGAAUAAAUCAGAAGAGCUUCAUGAAAUGUAUUCUUGAACUAGUUUGAUUGUUUAUAAUCAUAGAUAUAUGAUCAUUUAUACUUGGCUUUAGAAUAACUCUAAUAUAAUACAAAUUAUUUUAGUAUCAGAACCUGCAUUUUGAUUUGUUAAACUUUUGUUAUAUAAUGAAUGAAUAUCUGAAGAAUAAACCUUUGCGUUUUGAGGUUGUUUUCAGUGUGUUUUGUCCCUGAUCCAGCAGGUGGCAGUGAAGUAAGCUACAUGUAUUUGGUAGCAAAGUGGAUCUCUUGGGAUUUCUGUGGGAAGUAUUUAAAUGACUGCUCAUUUUGUUUUGUCAUUCGAUCAUAAGUACAUAAAACCGGAAUUAGGUUGACGUUUGGUCUUAAUUCUGCUGUUGAAAUUAAACUUUCGUCCUCAUUUGGAGAUUACUAAUAUCUAAUUUCCCAAAACAAUGCAGAUUGUCAAUUAAAAGUGAUGUUAGCAGAUGCUGCUAAAACCCACAAAAGAUUCUUAGCUCCUUUCACCAAUAAGGAAACCACUGAUAAUACUUGAAACAGGUUUUAAUUUGCUUUGGAGCAUGUGUGAGGUCAGAACGGCAGAUUGUAAAAUGACUGGAGGCCCAGAAGUAUGGUUUUGUAUGAGGGAAAAUCUUUCUCAUGAGAUAUGGCUUGCGUCAGUGCUAAUAUUACACUUGGCAAUAAAGCAAGACACAAUAUUAUGAGCAGUAAAAAAAGUGUUUAUGCAAUGAAAACUGAUUUUACAUACAGUAAUUCAGGCUUUUGUUGCAAUUAUCAUGAGCAUGUGUACAGUCUGCAGAGGUGAAAAGUCACAGAUUAUCUUAAUUACUGUUCAUAAUCUGCAGCUGUUAUUAUUAAAGUAAAACAAAACCUGACCUCACAUUCUCUUUUCAAUUUGUCUUCAGACAGGAAAAGAACAAUGGCCUGGAAAAUCCCUAAUGCAAGAGUAGAACAAAACAAUCAGAUUAAAACACAUUUCAGAAUAUGAUUAAAACAGUGCAGCUCUUUUAUUAUGCCAAAACUACAUCAUGUAAAACAUUUGAUGGCAUCAUUAAGAGAUUAAAGACAGGUCAUUGGCACAAAGUCAACCUUCACAUGGCAUACAGAAUAACAUUCGUUGAUCUGAAGGAUUGGUAUAUUUAAGCAAUAAUUCACAAACUAAAUUGUAAAAUACAG